AUGACUGGGCCGGGUGCUUAUCUACCUCCGCACGGGCAGUCUGAUCUCUGGGUGGAAGCGAUCAAAGAGCUGGACGACGAGGACAAGUCAUUAAUAUGGCCCCACGCGACAGAAAAGCUGACCGUUCUUGACGACGUCCUCGUAAGUGCUAAAAACAGACAGGCAGAGUGCGAGAAGAAAAGAUGGAAAUACACAAAGCGAGAUGGAACCGAAGUCGAGCUUCGUCAGAUCUUCGAUAAGAUCGUUCAGAAAGUUUCCCAGUUCAAGGAACUUGGUGAUUCGGUCGCUGCGUUGGAUUCGACGCAUCUGGCUGUUCCUUGGAGAGCGAUAAAAUUGAUUCUCCAGGUCGCGGUCAAGGAUUCGGAAUACCUUCAAGUCGUCUACGAAGGAAUCGAAAUGUUUUCUGUUUUCAUUCCCCGAUAUACAGUGUUUGAGAUUCUGUACUUGAAAAGCGAUUCACGGAUUAAAACCAUUCUGCAGAGCCAGAUGGUCGCGCUAUAUGCUAAGCGAAUAGUCAAAAGUUUGCUUCAGAUGUACAAUGACUUCAAGGUAUUGAUGGACGAAAUUCAGAAGCAACAAGUGAUAGUGGAUGACCUCGCUCGCUUGGUUGAUUCAGAAAAUUCCCAGGAGGAAAACCGAACAGUUUUAAAAAAGCUAGAAGCAGUCACGAACGCGCAGAAUAUUCUGAAAGGAAAAGAUCCGAAGGCCAGGAGGAAAAGAAUAUACUCAACUGGCUUUCUCCAAUUUCGCACGGUGGGCACCAUCAAAGACUUCGAACAGACCGCUUGCCAGACUGUGGGCUCGAGAUUUUUCAACGACCCGAACCAGGGAACGACGACAAUCUGUAUCGACGCGAUAGAUGAAUGCGACACAACCCGACGGACCAACUUCCUGAAUUUGAUAAGGACUCUAUUGCAUGAUGCCAAAGGCCGAGUCAAGAUUCUUCUGUCAAGUCGACCUUCCUCGGAUAUUUCCGCCCGCCUCAAAUCGCUUAAAUUCUUGUCGAUUGAUGCCGGUCAAAACCAGCAAGAUAUCGAAAGGUUCCUCUGGAUCAAGCUGCAAGUCACUUUGCUCACCGAUCACAACCAAAUACUAUUCGAAAGCGACAUUUUGCAACGGUGCAGGACACUUCCCGAGGGACUCUCACAGCUCUAUGAAACGAUAUACAGCAAUAUUGAACAAGCAUGUUAUAUGGCACGAAAAGUAGCCUUCACGCUCUUUCGAUGGCUUCUAUGUGCAAAUGCACCGAUUUCAAAACAUGAUCUGAUGGGAGCAGUCUCUUACUAUGUCACCGGCCAACGCGACAGUCUCACAGAGUCGAUGAUCCAGGAUAGCUGCAGCAACCUCGUCAUGUUUGACGAAGAUCUCAACACCUUCAGAUUCAUUCAUACCUCAGUGAAGGAUUUCUUUGAAGAGAAACCCGGAUUCAAUCUACAGAAAAGACAUGCCAUUGCAGCCGAUGUAUGCUUGAAGAUCAUUUCUGAUGGAAUCCCAGCUCUUGAAGACCUAUCCUUGGAGCGCAGCUCACUUCAGUGUUAUGUGAUUCUAUAUUGGGCAUCCCAUAUUGAAAAUUCUGGUCAGCAGCAAAGCACCGAGAAAAUCAAAGAUGCAUUGAACGGCUUGUUUAUACGAGAUAGAAAUGCCAAGCCCUGGUUUAGACAGUGGCUGCCGCAGGUUGAGCCCGUUUCUCAAAUCUUGGAUUGGAGCGACCCAUUCAAAGAUAAGAUUAUACAACCUCUCAGCUCACCAGAUAGGCCCUUCUUUACCGCCUGUACGUUCGGGUUUUCCGAAAUCGCUCAGCGUCAUAGCAAAGCAAAGCCAGAGCUUGUAAGAAAGAAGAACACCAUGGGAGCAACGGGGCUACAUUUGGCCUCUCAAUACGGACACUUGAUGGUCGUGAAAGAGCUGUUGGACGGACCAAUUCGGCCUAACCGCACUUCACCUGGCUCUAAUAUUGAGAUGGAAGAUAGCAAAGGAACGACAGCUCUACAUCUGGCUGCUCAAAACUUGAACCAAGAAGUGGCAGCAUUUCUGCUCGACAAAGGCGCUAAUGUUGAGUCUAGAGACUAUCAGGGACAAACACCUCUGCACUUUUUAUUUUUUCGCCGUGUGGUAAAAUCUUGCGAUGAUUUCUUAGCCAUGCUUCGGCUUUUGGUAGAACGAGGAGCCGACAUCAAUGCUCGAACUACAGAUGGAAAGACUGUACUAGUGAUGCUUGAAGGAGCCCGAAAUUUUUCGGAAUUUAGACGAAGGAUCGAAGCAGAACUUCUCGUCCUGGGAUUCGGCGAUGUCGAAGAGGUAAAGGGUGGUAUCAACGAACAGGAGGAUCCCGAGGAGGAAGACGAUGAUAGCAGUGAUGAACAAGAGGUGUAUUGGGAUGCUGAAGUGGCAAAGUGGUAUAGCAAUGGUAAAAACGAAGCUUAG